GAUCAGCAUAUUUACAUGCAGUGUUUUAGGUUUUAAUCCGUCUGAUCGCACAUAGAUCAGCUGGUGAUUCAUAAGCCUCUGGUGUAAUCAUCUCAGAUGCUAUUUAUUUCUCCAACUGCUGCAUCAUGGUAUUAUAGAGCCAUCAAGUGCUACAAACAGCUGAGAGAGAGCGCAUGUGACUCCACCGCGCCAUGUGUCAGGAGAACCUUAUCCAAUGGUUGGCGUGUCACGUGUGAAAAUAUUUUUGACCUGGUUAUUUUUCUUCCCCCUGUUUCCAUGCCGCCAGUGAGAGUUCGCGCGCGGUCUGAGUGCAGUGCUGGAGGCGGGGUUACGGUUGAGCUCCUAUGAUUGGCCGAGUAAAUGAAAAACAGUGACGCUGAAAACAGCGGGCGGCCACGAGGGGGCGCUGCAUCCACAACUUUCCUCACACGUUUUCCAGCCAUUUCCUAAAGGCUUCUAACAAUACUUCCGGUUUUGUUGUCUUCCUUCUCCGGUAACGCUAAAGCUGAUAUGGCCGCAAUGUUUACGUCCUGUCUGGGAUGCUGUUGUGGUGAUGGUGGAUCCGAUCAUAAACCUCUUAAAGAAAUGCCCACCGUUCAGCUCGACACACACCACAUGGGCGCGGAUGUUGUGGUGGUGAAGAGAGGAAGGCGGAUCUGUGGGAGCGGAUCAUGUCUCGCCAACGCCCCUCUACACCAGAACAAGAGCUACUUCGAGUUCAAGGUCCAGUCCACUGGCGUGUGGGGAGUCGGAGUCGCCACACAGAAGGCGAAUCUAAACCAGAUACCUUUGGGUCAAGACAGUAACAGUUUGGUGCUCAGGCAUGAUGGAUCUGUCUAUCACAACAAUGAAGAAAAGAACUGCCUGCCAGCUAACAAUGUGCCUCAGGAGGGUGAUGUUGUGGGAUUAACCUAUGACCAUGUGGAACUGAACCUGUAUCUGAAUGGAAAGAAUAUGCAGUGCCCAGCCUCAGGCAUUCGAGGGACUGUGUUCCCUGUUGUUUACGUGGAUGACAGUGCUAUCUUAGACUGCCAGUUCAGCGACUUCUACUACACUCCUCCUCAAGGCUUUGAGAAGAUCCUGUUUGAACAGCAGAUAUUUUGAACCUUCUGCUUCCCAUGCACUUGCAGAGAAGCCAUCCUCAAGGCUUUAAGGAAAGUGUUGAAGGUGUUGCACUGCUCUGUCGUAUUAUUUAUGCCUUCUCUGUUGCUGCUGCUGCUGCCAUAGUUGAUAGGAGACAAGCCAGGUGUUUAUUAGACAAACCAUUUCAAAAGUGUACGCACGCACACACACACACACACACACACACACACACACACACACACACACACACACACACAGUCAAACAAUUUAAUUCAAAUUAAGUUUUAUGUUUGUGUGUGUAAAUUUAGCCUGUAUUAUACUUUGACCCUGUUAAUUUUAAAUAUUCCUUCUGUCCAAUAUGUAUUGCUGAAUUGUUCUCAGUGUUCUUUAGUUAGGCUCUGGGUCCACUGUAACCCUAACCAGGAUUAAACAGUUACAAAGAUGAAUAAAUGACAGAAGUAAUUA